AAACCCUUUGAUUAUAUACAACCCUAGAUUCCCCUUAGAAGAAGCCAUUGCUGCCAUACAUAAACUGGGGCAAACUGCCCCCGUUACAAAUUUCGCUCUACAGUGUCUAUUGUGUCAUCGCCGGUGCUACACAUAUUUGACAGUUGGCAUUAAUUUCGAUUUUGUCCUUUUAAAAUGCGUGUAUGUGCUUUAAACGUGUGCAGAAAUUACAAAGGUCGACUAAAAACGACACACAAGGUCACCUACCAUCUGAUACCGAAUGAUCCCAUUAUAAGAAGCAAAUGGGUAGAAAUAAUUAGAAAAAGCCGUGGAGAGGACUACUGGAAACCAGCAAAAUCCACAGUGAUCUGCUCUGAUCAUUUCCACCACAAAGAUCUAUAUUACACAAAAAAUCAGACAGGACUCCGAAGACUGAAAAAGGGAGUGUUACCGAGCAAAGCAUUAUUUGUAUUACCAGCUAAGUCUGAAGAAAGCGCUAGCUCUGGCGAAGAAGCAGAAGCAAUAAGUGAAGGAUUUAGCAAACAGCCGACGCCUUCCACAUCAAAUCAAUAUGAAAAAAAAACCACAGAAACAGAUGACCAACCAAUUUUUCCUUCAACUCCUAAAACAUCAAAAGUAGAACAGACGGAAAUUGAAGACUUUUCAGACUUAGAUUCUGUUUUUGAUACCCCAAAAAAAGCCAAGUUGAGAAAACAGUUAAGAAAAAAAAUAGCACUUAAGAAAAGAUACAUACUUAAAAUUCAGUCGCUCAGGCAUGAUGCAUUUAAGAUAUUAGAAGCUAAAAGAAAACAGUCUAAUGCUAAUAUGACCUGUGCAUUAAUUGCUGAUGAAAUGGCUAUCAGACAGCAAAGGUGCUUUAACCGACAAACUAAGCAAGAUGAAGGCCUUGUUGAUAUGGGAACUGGUCCUAAUGAGAACCUUAAUGUAAAAGCUUCCGAAGCUUAUGCGUUUAUGCUGAAACUCCAUAAUGAAUGUGAAACUUGCUACCCAACUGCUGAGUAG